AUGGCUGCAAUUAAUGUAUAUCAUACGAAUGUAACAACAGACAAUCUUAGUCGUAAUGAUAUUCUACAAUGGAUAAAUUCAGCACUUGAUGCUAAUUAUACAAAAAUUGAAGAUCUUUGUACCGGUGCUGCAUAUUGUCAAUUUAUGGAAAUGAUGUUUCCAGGCGCCAUAGGUGCACGAGCAAAGCGGGUCAAAUGGAAUACCAAACUUGAGCAUGAAUAUAUUAAUAAUUUUAAAGUCUUACAAGAAUAUUUUAAAACACUUUCUGUAGAAAAGAUUGUACCUGUCGAAAAAUUGGUUAAAGGAAAAUUUCAGGAUAAUUUUGAAUUUGUUCAAUGGUUUAAAAAAUUCUUUGAUGCAAAUUAUACAGAUUCUCAUGAUUAUGAUCCUUUAGCUGCACGUGAUGGACAACCACUGGGUAGUGGUACGAAAGCUGUCGGUCCAGGAGCAACAAGUGGUUCGUCAGGCAUUCGUGUACCACCAGCUGCUGCUACUCGACCACCACCAACAAAAACUGCUGCUCCACCACUAGUACGACCAACACCUACCACAAGACCCAUCCAACAACAACAACAACAACAACAACAACAACCAAAAGUUUCUCCUGCAGUCCAUCGAGCACCAGCACCACCCGUACAACAACCUACAAGUGUUAGUGAUCAUCAUCAAAAUGUACGAUUACAACCAGCUACAAGUGGUAGUGAUCAUCAUCAUCAAAAUGCACGAUUACAACAAGAAAUUGAUAAUUUACAAGAUCUUAUUCAACAACAUGCAUCACAAGUAGCUGGUUUAGAAAAAGAACGUGAUUUUUAUUAUCAAAAAUUACGUGAUGUUGAAAUGAUUUGUCAAGAACCCGACUAUGAAUCAUUACCAUCAGUACAAAAAAUUCUUGAAAUACUUUAUGCUACAGAAGAAGGUUUUGCGCAACCUGAACAAGAAAAUGGUAUUAGUGAUUUUGAUAAUGGAAAUGGUCUUACUGUUGAUAAUGGUUCUAAUUUUGUCGUUGGUGAUGAGGAGACAUAUUAA